AUGGGAAAGUCGUCAAAAGAUAAGCGCGAUGCCUACUAUCGGCUCGCAAAAGAGCAGGGGUGGCGAGCCCGGAGUGCGUUCAAGCUGCUCCAGCUUGAUGAAGGUAGCCCCCCUUUUGUCAAGAUUUUGCAUGGAUCAGCCAAUGCUAACAUAUCCCUAGAGUUCAACCUUUUUGAGGGGGUCACCCGUGUAGUCGAUCUUUGUGCUGCCCCUGGAAGCUGGUCUCAAGUGCUGUCCAGAGUGCUCAUCAAGGGAGAAAAGUUCGGUCGCUCUGCAUGGCAGGAUCGUGAGGCAAAGCUCCGCCAGCAAAUGCUCAACAUCAUCUCCUCUGAAUCAGCACCUGAGGAACCAGCUAGUGAGACUAGGCCUGCUGCUGAGCAGCACGAGCCUCGUACAGACGUCAAAAUUGUUUCUAUCGACCUCCAGCCUAUCAGCCCGCUCCCCGGCAUCAUCACUCUUCGUGCCGACAUCACCCACCCGGCGACGGUCCCUCUGCUCCUUAAGGCCCUUGACCCCGAUUACAACCCCAAUACGAUGAGCGCCCAGGCCUCUCACCCUGUCGACCUGGUCAUCAGCGAUGGUGCCCCUGACGUCACAGGUCUGCACGACCUUGACAUCUACGUGCAAUCCCAGCUGCUGUUCGCUGCGCUCAACCUGGCCCUGUGCGUGCUAAAGCCGGGUGGCAAGUUCGUCGCCAAAAUCUUCCGCGGCCGCAACGUCGAUCUCCUGUACGCACAACUCAAGAUCUUCUUCGAGAAGGUUUACGUUGCCAAGCCGCGCUCUUCACGCGCGAGCUCUGUUGAGUCCUUCAUUGUCUGCAUCAACUUCCAGCCUCCGGCUGGCUUCAAAGCUAGUCUUGAAGAGCCCCUAGGCGUCGGAAACCGCCUGGCCAAGAUGUUGGCCGACAAACUGGCCUCAACGCCUAUCACUGCACCUGCUGGGUAUAUGCAGAACUGGGACAAUGGCGCUUGGAGCUCAACACCAGUGAAGGUGUUGCCGGCUCAGGAUGACGGCAUCUGUGAUGUUCAAGUCGAAGAUCUGACAAGGGAGCCAGCUGACAAGGACAUACGUUGGAUCGCGCCAUUCGUGGCCUGCGGCGACCUUUCAGCCUUCGAUUCUGAUGCCUCUUACAAGCUACCGGAGGAUCACGUUUCCCUGGACCCCGUUCAGCCACCAACGGCUCCCCCGUACAAGCGGGCUAUUGAGUUGAGGAGAGCCCAUGGCGGCGCAUACGGCAAGCCCCCAGGGAAAUAG